CGGAGCAUGGAGAAUGAUGAAUUUUCGGCAGCGGAUGGGAUGGAUCGGAGUCGGCCUCUACCUCUUCGUGAGCGCAGCCGCUUUCUAUUACGUCUUUGAAAUCAAUGACACUUACAAUAGACUGGCACUAGAGCACGUGCAGCCCAAACCGCAGGGUCCUGGGGCGGGAGCAUCAUGGACACACUCCCUGAAGGCGCGCCUGCUGUCGCUGCCAUUUUGGAUGUGGGCAGCUCUCUUCCUCCUUCCUUACUUCCAGCUCUUCCUCUUCCUGUAUUCCUGCACCAGAGCUGACCCCCGCACCGUGGGCUACUGCAUCCUCCCCAUCUGCCUGGCCGUCCUCUGCAACCGCCACCAGUCCUUCGUCAAAGCCUCCAAUCAGAUCAGUCGGCUGCAGUUAAUUGACACUUGAGUUCGUGGACGCUGCGCCGCUCACAUGACAAUCACAGUGCCUAUUUUUUUUUUGUAACCCUUUUUAAAUGUUGGGAAAAGUUAACCCUUUGGCAGCUAAAUCACUUGGGUAAAGGUCAAACUGCAUCACUUGAACUAUCCUGAUGAUGAUGAUGAUGGGAUCUCGUCGUCCUCGUCCCUCCGGUGUCUGAUUCUUCGCCACCUUAGAUGAACCCCGAUAUUUUAUAUUUAUGACCAUGAUGGUGAUUGUUACAAUGUAAAUUGCUUUUUUUUUUUCUAUUCUAUAAGAUCGUCCAGGUCCCUGCCAGAUGUUUUCAGAAGAGACCUGCACCUUUAUUGAUUCCUAUCAAUAAAACAAAAAACGAAACCGUCCAAUCCCGACCAUGGAUUA